AUGCAAGGAGUGAAGGAAAGAAAACUAGGUGAAGUUGUUGGAGUUGAAGACCGGGGAGGACCGGGGGAUAUUGAUUCCCGUUGUCCUGAGGAUGGUUUGCCUCUAGAUGAUUUCACGGAGGGAUUAAUUUUCUGUGAAGAUCCGCAACAAGAUCAUCAACUCCAAUCAUUUUCAGAUGAUGGGUUUCUUGAUAAUGUAAGGUUUGAUGCCCUUUCUCCCUAUGUUGAAGCAUGCCUGGAGGAGAUUGCAAAGCUUGUUGAGACCCCUACUGGAAUUCAAGAUACAGGUGUACCCAACAAUGAAGAGAAUCAUCCAAAUGCUACAACAUCAGCUGAGCUGCUCAAGAGUUUUGGUAGCUAUUUCAAACUAUUAAAUGGAGACAAAAUAGUUGAGCCAACAAGUGAAUCAAUAUCUGUGAAGGAGCCAACCACUGGACUGUCAACUGAAGAAAUCAUGAGGGUCGCUGGAAAAAGGUUCAUUCAAUCUUAUUCCCAGACAGUUGAUGUUACGCCCAUGCUUGGCAAUCCUUUCAAUCUGUCUUUAGCUGGACUAUCAAGUGGGGAAAUAGAAGCUAUAGAACUUGCUGGUAUGCUUCUAGCUUCUGUAGAGAAAGUGAGCAAUCAAGAAUACAAGAGUGCCACCAAACUGCUCAGCCAAUGUGAUCGUUUGUCUUCCAGCACUGGAAAUCCCGUUCAAAGGGUAGUUUAUUAUUUCUCUAAUGCUCUUCAUGAGAAGAUUAAUCGAGAAUCAAUGGGCUCAGGCAAAGAGCUUCUGUUUGACAUUCCUAAGGUGAUUGAAACUCCUCACUCUGCAACUCUAGCUUACUACAAAGACGUCCCCUUCACUCAGGUUGGACAAGUUGCUGCAAUCCAAGUCAUUGUAGAAAACAUGGCUCGGGCAAAGAGGGUUCACAUAAUUGAUAUUGGCAUCAAAUGCAGAAUGCCAUGGACACUUUUGAUACAAGCCCUUGCAUCUCAAAAGGAAUGCCCGCUUGAGAGUCUCAGUUUAUCUGUGGUCGUGACUUAUUCAAGUCAAAUGGAAGAUGUAGGUAAACGGUUAAUGCGUUUUGCUGAAACCAUGAACUUACCAUUAUCUUUUAUGAUUGUUAAAAUGUCAGAUACGUUUGAACUCAAAGAAGAUCAGUUUGAGAUUGAUGCAGAAGAAAUAGUUGCUGUCUUCUCUGAGUUUUUCAUGUGGACUAUGAUUCCACAGCCUGAUCACCUGGACUCUAUAAUGAAAAUGAUCAGAAAAUUCAAUCCGUGUGUAAUGGUGAUCAUUGAAGUUGAAUCAAAUCUCAAUGCACCUGAUUAUGUAAGCCGUUUUAUUGAGGCUCUUUUCUUUUACAGUGCGUAUUUUGAUGCCCUUGGUGUCUACAUGGAGAAGGACGGUCAAAGCAGGUUAUUUAUAGAAUCACUAUUAAGUCAAGGAAUCAAUAGUGUUGUGGCGGCUGAGGGAGAGGAACGGAAAGCUCGAUAUGUAAAGAUUGAUGUUUGGAGGGCUUUCUUAUCCCGUUUUGAGAUGGAGGAGAAAAAACUUAGUAUGUCUUCCUUGUACCAAUCAUAUCUGGUGGUCAAAAAGUUUGCUUGUGGGGAGUCUUGUACACUUGAUAUGAACGGAAACUCCCUAAUUAUUGGGUGGAAGGGAACACCAAUUCAUUCGCUUUCAGUUUGGAAGUUCCUCUGA